AUGGCCACUAAUAUCACUUGGCAUCCAAAUCUAUCAUAUGAUGAACGCAAAGCAUUGAGAAAACAGCACGGUUGUACAAUCUGGUUGACAGGUCUGUCAGCAAGUGGUAAGUCUACAAUUGCAUGUGCCUUAGAGCAAUUAUUAUUACAAAGGGGGCUGGCAUCGUAUAGAUUAGACGGUGAUAACAUUAGAUUCGGCUUAAAUAAAGACUUAGGUUUCUCUGAAGAAGAUCGUAACGAAAACAUUAGACGGAUCAGUGAAGUGUCUAAGUUGUUUGCAGAUUCUUGUACUAUCUGUUUAACAAGUUUUAUAUCGCCAUAUAGAGCGGACAGAGAUAGGGCACGUGAGUUACACAAGGAAUCUGGGUUACGGUUCAUCGAAGUCUUCGUUGAUGUGCCAUUAGAAGUUGCUGAACAAAGAGAUCCAAAGGGUCUUUAUAAGAAGGCAAGAGAAGGAAUUAUAAAGGAUUUCACUGGCAUAUCUGCACCAUAUGAGCCACCCUUAUCGCCAGAAUUGCAUCUAAGAACUGAUUUGAAAUCUGUGGAAGAAUGUGCAGAGAUCAUUCAUCAAUAUUUGAUCAAUGAGAAAUUAAUAUGA